AUGGAGGUCGACAAGUACGGCAACGCGAUCUGCGUCGUCUUAACUCUGCUCCUGGUCUUGGCAGGAUGCUUCUGGCAGCACAUGGAGAAGCAAGGAGAGCGAGUGCGGGCAGCGGUGGCGAAAUGCACGGCGCAGGCGGAGAUCGAGCUGGACCUCCGCGAGAAGGAGCUGAUCGCAGCGAAGCUUCGGGUGGCGGAGCUCGAGGCCGAGCUUUGCAAGCGCGACGCCGCGCUCGCCGCGGCCGGCGAGGAGGCUGCAGCGGUGCAGGCGGAGACGGAGGAGGUCCAGCGCCGACUCUGUGCCGAAUUUGCCGAGCGCCAAGCAGAGCUCGAGACCCGGCUCCAGUGCCAAUCCGCGGAGCUCCGCCGCCAGCUGGCGAGGAACACCAGCGUCCUACAGAGUCGGCGAAAGCUGCGGCCAGGCGACGGCGAUGACGACUACAGCGAGCCCUCGAAUGUGGAGGGGGAGUAUCAGGCGGUCGUGGAAUCCAACCCCGCCGUCGCCGAGGAACUUCAGCUGGAGGUCGAUGGCAGCGAGGUGGCCUCCGCCGGGUCUCGGGCCUCCUCCAUCUACGCCGCCCACCCGCGGGGACGGCUAGGCCUCUGGGAGUUGCAAAUGCAGAGCUUCCACACCGCCUACUGGCGUGUCCGCACUCUGACGCCGCAAGGAGCGCCCCAGCGGGCAGCAAGCAUUCGGUGUGCCAGCUGCUGA